UUCCGCUUAAUUCAUUUCACACCUGUAGUUUUGAUUACAAUUAAAUGAUAAGAAGUUGUGGGGCAAAUUCAGUGUAACAUUCAAGACAGUCAGCAACUUGACUGGUUAGUGUCACUUGUAAUGUGCAGUUGAUUGAAAUUGAAGUUAAAUCCAUAGUUUUAGUUGGUCAAUAUCAUUCCCUUAAUAAUGGAGUUGGAAUCAAAUCUUAAUGAGAUAUCAACAUCAUGGACUAGCUCUUUCAGUAAUCUUACCAGGAAAAAGCUCGCAUUUAUCGGUACUGGUGUUUUAGUUGCUACAGCUAUAUGUAUCAGUGUUAUUGUUGCUGUUAGUGUAAAGUCUUCAUCAUCGAAGGCACCUUUGGCUUUAAGUGUACACAAAGAGAAGAUGAAUUUGAUUAAAGAUGAGAUUAAAUGGGUUAGUUAUAGCUCUGAAGAUUAUUCACUGACUGAUGCUUUAGCGGGCGGUACUGGUGCCAAUGGAAAGACUGUUUACCUUUGUCGAGCUAAACAGCGAGCUAAUAAAAAAAAUGAAGACGAAGUGAUUCCUGGAACUUUUGAUCCAACCGAUUCUGUAUGUAAAGUCCCAUACGGUGAUAAAGCUAAUGCCCAUUCAGAGUUUGAGUUACUUGUUACAAAGAAUCCAACUCGAUUAGUUUGGGUGGAAGAUAAGCAUGGGGAACUAAAAAAAGGUGCCAUUUCUGGUGGACACACUGCAUAUAAUGAAGAGCUUUACGUUACCCGAUUUAAAUACUAUGGCUUUACAGUUCUUGGUAAAUUACAUUUGGCUCAUAAUAAAGCAUCAGGACCAGUAGAUGGAUUAGAGAGAUACGAUGCAUAUUAUGAUCUUUUAUGUUUAUCUGAUUAUGCUCUGUAAAUGUUUCAAUGAAAUCUUAAUGAAAAUAGUGAAUCUAAAUAAAUAAUCUAAAAUCUAAAUCUGAA